GGAGGGUUCUUAAGCAUGAAUGCAUCCACAGCUUCGGGGAUAUCACUAACGACAAUCAAUGGGAGUGACCAGGCCACUCCCCAAAAUGGGGUCACGAUGGGGACAAUGAUCUCAGAAUUGCUGGUGACCAUCAUUGCCCUGGUGGGGCUAGCAGGAAAUGCCGUUGUGCUGUGGCUCCUGGGCUUCUGCAUGCGGAGAACUGCCUUCUCUGUCUACAUCCUCAACCUGGCGGGAGCCGACUUCCUCUUCCUCAGCUGCCAGAUUAUGUAUUCCCUGGAGACACUCACCCACUACUUCCAUUCUGUCCCCAUUUACAUCCCCAGCUUUUUCAUAACAGUGUUCACCUUUGCCUAUGUUGCAGGCCUGAGCUUUCUCAGCACCAUUAGCACUGAGCGCUGCCUGUCCAUCCUGUGGCCCAUCUGGUACCGCUGCCAUCGCCCCAGACAUAUGUCAGCUGUCAUGUGUGCCCUGCUCUGGGCCCUGUCCCUGCUGCUGAUCAUCCCGGAAAGGAUCUACUGUGACUUCCUUUUUAGCCAUUUAUAUGUGGUCUGGUGUCAAGUAUUUGAUUUCAUCACUGCUGGGUGGCUGAUUUUCUUAUGUGUGCUUCUCUCAGGGUCCAGCCUGGCCCUGGUGACCAGAGUGCUGUGUGGUUCCCAGCGGGUGCAGCCGACCAGGCUGUAUGUGACCGUCCUGCUCACAGUGCUGGUCUUUCUCCUCUGUGGCCUGCCCUGGGGCAUCUGCUGGUUCCUCAUAUUCUGGAUUAACAGUGGUUUAUAUGGGUUCAACAAUCCUUUUCUCCUGGUUGCAGUUGUCCUGACCUGUGUGAACAGUUGCGCCAACCCCAUCAUUUACUUCUUUGUAGGCUCCUUCAGGCAGCGAUGGAGGAAGAGAAGGCAGACCCUGAAGCUGGUUCUCCAGAGGGCUCUGCAGGACACUCCGGAGGGGGAUGAACAUGGGGGACGUCCUCCUCAGGAAACCCUGGAGAUGUCGGGGUGCACUCUGGUGUCCUGAUUCAGAGUCUUGCUUUGUUCAGAUACAUGGCGUUUAGAGGACCAACUUUGUCCCUAUCAGGUUGGGAGGUUUCUUCAGUCUCUCAGCCUCUGGGAAUCUGAAUUAAAACAAUGAACAUGAUAAUCCUGCUGAUGAGGAUUCAGUGAGACUGUGUCUGUUAAACACACACUGGGUGCAGGGUCUCAGGACUGCCUUACCCAGGACGAUCAUCCCACCCCCUUGGGAGCUUUGCCAACGCUGGGGUCCAGGACUCUUCCCACUUUUGAAGAAUCCGACCUUCAGCAGGAGCUAAACACAGUGCAGGAAAGACAAAUUUCUUUGAUCACCGAACUUGAUAGAAACUAAAAGAACAUUCCAUUCGACCAGCUUCUGUGGUCACUCUCCUGCAAUCUGUCACUAUAAAUUAGAGAAGGAAAGUUCAGUCCAGCCCCAAAGAGCAGUGUUCUUUGUUUUUGGCAGGCCUCAGAAAAGCUCCUUGGCAUAAUAACUGUUGAUUGAAUUAAUGAAUUAAUGAAGGAUACAUGCUGAUUUUCAAGUCAAGUCUGAGCUAAAUUUCCAUUGCCAGAUUUGAGUCAUCAUCUUUAAGUUUAUUCUUUUUACCAUUUUCAACCUUUGCAAGCAUGAAAUUAAGUUUGAUAAUCAGAUAAAUCAAUGUCAAAGAACAUUGACAAAGCAUAGGAUUUCACGUAAGUUAUCUUCUGGUGUUUCCUUUCACGUGCCCUCCAGUAGAAUCCCAUGUGCUCCCUCUCUUCCAAACACUUUCUCUGCCCUGAUUGCCCCUUUCUGGAGACUCUCUAAUCCUUCAUGUCAGGUUUCCAAUGGAUCUUACUGGACUCUAUGUUCUCCGAGGACAGCUUCUAUGUGAAAUAUACCUUUUA